AUGGCCUCUCCUUCAGUGGUAUCAAUUUCACCAGAAGACACUGGUGUCUUUUCUGUCUCGCAGAUUCCGGCCUCGUCUCGCACAACGCUCAACCAGCUUCUUCAAGAAAAUCAUGACAGAUACCACCCCUUCUUUAACGACAAAGGAUAUCACAAUCAUAUCACGCAUUAUAUGCUUGCUUCAUACGCACUUGGGGCUGAGGCAGACCAGCUUUCAAGGGCUUGGGUUCAAGAAAAAGCAUUUCAGCGCCCUCAACAGCCGCUCAACGAACACAAUGUGGCGCAACUAAAAGAUGGUCGAUUCCUCCUUAAGUGUCUGGGUAACGAAGAAUACUACCGAGAUUUUCUUAUCUUUUUUCAACAAGAGAUAGCUGAGAAAGGAACUGGGGCUGUAGUCAACCAAUAUGUUUUUGAUCGAACGGAGGUUUCUGAAGCUCUCUUCACCCGCCUUUUUGCAAGCUUUCUUCAUCCACUUAUUCAUCUUGGUUACGGACUGGAGUUUAAUCAGCCAGCCAUUGUUGCAGAAGCUCUUGCCCAGACCGCCGUUCACAAGAACGAGGUCGCUGUAAUCAUGAAAGGCUGCGAAGACGCAGCCAACAGCCGGUCAGACCUCACAAGUCGGACAAUGAACGAACUACUGGGCAAGGUUCGGGAUAACAAUGCCAUUCGCCAUGCAUCCUGCUGGGGGGAUGGUAGCUGGAUUGAAGAUAACCCACUGACCUCUGCUCCUAAGGAACUUAUGGAAACAGCUGCUCGCUGGCGAGUCAAGCCAGAGGAACUGUUUGAAAAGACUGCGGAAAUGAUCAACGUCAAUGCAUUUUUCUGUGGUGCGGCACAAAAUCCUCCUAAAGAGUACAAGAUUGACUUCUUCUUUAUCCACAAUCUUAAUUGCUCUAUCUUCUUCCCCGCCUUCCUGAGCCAGAAAUGGUUGAGUCCGGAAAAUAAGGUCCGUCUGUUGGAGUGGAAAGGAAGAUUUGAUGUUGUUGCCUAUGCUGCGCGUGGAUCACCUCACUUGGAUAUUAAUGAGAUUGUCGACUACCAGCCCAAGAGACCAGGGACAGGUUGGGUUGAUCUCUUCCAACGUGUCCAUAUUUUUGACGAUGAUUCGCAUGUCACCAAGUUCCUACGUGCACUAGCUCAUGGUCACCGGUUCUGCCAGGGCUAUGAUAUCAAAAACAGUGAUCGGUUCCCAAUAAAAGGUAACCUGUGGCUGCAGGUUGCGCACAUGGCUAUGGAUACUACGGAAAAAGAACCUAUGGCGAAGAAUAGGUGGGUUAGGGGUGCAGGAUUUCCUUCGCAGUGGGACCACUUUCACUCCCGUCAUUAG